GUUCAAUCAACUGGAUCCUACAGCAACAUCCCCUUUCUAUCCCUUGAUUUUCCCUCUUUCUUCAGUCCAUUCUUCAUCUUCUCCUUUUCGUAACAUCAAAUUUCGUUCCUCGUUCACACUUACCAGCCAUGAAUUAUUCAGGCUACAACCCUAACCAACAACAACCACAGCAACAACAACAACAUUCUUAUUACGAAUACGACCCAUCUCAGAUUCAAGUUCAACCCUACGAUCAUUCUUAUGCUGCAGCAUAUCAAUCUUCGUAUUACGCGUAUAAUCCUCAAUACGCUUAUUAUCCAGCCGAUACUACACAGGUUCAACAACCUCAUCUUCAUUAUCAACCUGAACCCGCUCCGGUUCAUCCUCCUGGUGUUAACCCUGAACCGGUUCAACCUACAUUCAACCAUCUUCCGAUCGGGCCUUCUCAAUACAGAGGUAGGGGUGGUAGAUCAUUCAGGCGGGGUGGUCGUGGUCGAGGUCAGUUAAGUCAUGGUAGAGGACGUGGAGUGGGAGGUGGGAGACACUUUCCAUCUGGGCUUGCUAUUUCUGAUGCACCGGGUGCAUCUGCUGCUGCCGGAGGUUCAUUGUCGGUCUCAGCUCAAGCAGUGCAACCACCGCAACGUAUGGUAUGUUGUGAAAUUUGUAAGGUUGAGUGCAAUACUCAAGAAGUCAUGGAGCUGCAUAAGAAAGGAAAGAAGCAUCUGAAGAAUGUGAGAAUACAUGAAGCAAAACAGAGAUGCAAUGCUAUCAAUGGACCACAGAAUGGGCAGAUUCCUACCUCUGAAUUGAACUCAACAGAUCAACCUGUGGUAGCUCAGGACUCUGAGGACCCUACCAAAAAUAUGAGUUCUGAAACUACUGCUGAUAAUGACAAGGUUGAAAUAAUGUCGCAGAAUAAUGUAGGAGAGACUUCUGAAGUUCCAGCUGAAGAGCCUGAUGAGUUAAGAAUGGAAAACUCUGGUGCAAGAGGCCGUGGAUUGAAGCGUAAGAUAAGAGGAGGAAAAGGACGUAAACAGAUGAGGACUGCUGAUGGUUCAAACCCAACGCAAGUUUCUAAACCUGAACAAGCUCUAGCUUAUACAUGUGAGUUGUGCAAUGUUAAAUGUGAUACCCAAACUGUUUACCAGAGUCAUCUUUCUGGGAAAAAGCACUUGAAGCGUGCCUAUGGAAAUCAAGCUUUUGUCGGAGUAGCUAACCAAGCUUCAGUUGGAAUAGGUAACCAAACUUUGUCUGAAGUAGGUCCCCAAGCUUUAUCUGGAGUAGUAGGGCUUCAAGCAAUUUACCCACCUGACAUCAAUGCUCUAGCUGAAGCAAUUAAUGCCCAAGUCCAACAAGGUGAUAAUGAUCCACAGGUACUUCUGGCUCAGCUCCUGAUGAAUGUACUAUCUCAAGCCCAAGGAUCGGCAACAGCACCACCAAAUGGCUCCUUGGCUGGUCAGACACCGACACUGACAUCUGUGGCUGGUUCUAGUUCCCAGUUGGCGUUGGUGCAGACACAAGCCUCGGAAAUCGCAGUGCAUGUUGGGAUGGAAAACCCUAAUGGUGAAUCAAAAAAUGAGACGUUAUCUGUCCCACUGGAGUCAAAUGCACAUGAAGAUUCAAAUGUUGGCACCCAAAUUGAAGGUGAAAGUUCUGAAAUGAAAUAGGUGCUAAUGACAGGAAGAGACAAUCCAUGUUCAACUAAUCGCCUUCAUAAUGUGAAGCUCUCAAAUCAUAGUAGGACCGAAGUAGAUACAAUUAUUGGCUUUCAAAUUUUUUACCUUUUUGGGAUUAAUGUUUAUUCUAUUUCUGGGACAUUCUCUUCUACCAGGGGAGAUAUGAAAACUAUGAAUUACUCACAUGGAUGUUAGAUUUGACACGAGUUGUUUAAAUUGUUGCUUGUUUUGUAGGCGCCUGCAUGUCAGAUGCUAUUUACCAUUUAAGAAUACAAACGUUAAGUUAAUUCAUGUGUA